AUGGGCAUGAAGCAGAGAUGGACCUGGGUAAUGGUGUUGCCCAAUAGGUGCCACCGGGGCCAGAAUUACAAUUAUACCCGCUUUCGUCAACUGUUAUGUCCAGACCCCUUCUGUGAGGUGUGUAAUACCACAACUGUUGACGUCAAUCAGCUGCUGUGCCCAGAAGUCCUGGAAGGUACUACUCCCUCUGUAUCCCCUUUGGCUUCCACAGCUCCUGUGACUGAGUCAUCACCCAGUGUGUCCCCUGCUGACUCAGCAGUCCCCCCAGGAGACCUAACACCAGCCUCUCUCAAAGGCAAACCAAAGGAGCUGCAUGUGCAUGAGCAGCCCCCAUAUCCUAAGACCUUGGGGAGCCAAUUAAAGCAAGAAGGUAUCCAGCUCUUUUGGGGUCCCCCAUCUCUACACAGUGAGUCCUUGUCCUCUGCUGCCCAUGGCUUGGGUGACUAUUCCAUAGUCUUUAUAUUCAAUGCAAUCUUGAAUGCUUCUGCAGGUCAAGAAUCCCCAGAGCUUCCUCAUCUCAUACCUCUAUCCUUGCCUGAGAAGCACCCUCAGCCCCAGCUCCAAGUGCUGCCACUAGCUCAGCCCCCACCUGUCUCUCAUGGCCAGACCCAGGCCCAUCUUCCAUCUCAACCCAGAAUCCCACCAUUUGGUCCUCUAUCCCAGAUGAGGAUCUGUGGAGUGUGUUUCCAUGGACCCCAGAAUGAUUCAGACUCUCUCAGCUCAUCUGAAAUUCAAGGCCUGGAAUGGAAUGUGUUUCAGAAGCAACAAGAAUGUUUGUGGGGUUUCCCUGCUGAGGUCCAAAGAUCUCAGGCGAAAUUUUGUCCUCUGGCUCCUUCCUUUCCCAUCUGCAAGGCCUCCCAGCCCCAUGCUUCAAUCUCUAUCCUUCCUGGAGCAUUUCCUCUUAGUGAUGAGAUUCGGAAGAAACUAGAACAGCACCUUCAAAAGAGGCUCAUUAAACACUCGUGGGGCCUGCCCCACAGGGUCCUAGAAUCUCUAUCACCGAUGAUGCCUCCGAGUGAUUCUUCAGAGAUAUCUGGGUCAAAGAGAAAUCAUGGACUCUCACAGAGAAAUGUGCUUAAUGAUAAAAGUAGCAAGAAUCUUAAUGUUGGAUUGAGCCAACCUGGUAGCUUCCAAAAGUGGGCCUCAGAAAUACUUCAGCUAGAGAAGGAUGUGGGGAAAGGGCAGGGACAGAGCCCAGAGAGUGGUUGA